CUAAAAGAACUACAAUUCCCUGUAAACGCCUGAGGUAGGCUUUCGUAUGUUGACUGUCAGGUAUUCAUGAGGUCGUAGUCUCCAGCACAGCAGGUAGAGCCGCAAAUGGUUUGAUCCCGAUCUUGCUGUAGCGGUUAGAUUGUCAUGAUGGAGGGUGACAACAAACCAGUCUAUGAGCAGAGGUUCAAUGCUGCUGUCAAAGUGAUCCAAAGUUUACCUUCAAACGGUUCAUUUCAGCCUUCCAAUGAUAUGAUGCUGAAAUUUUAUAGCUACUACAAGCAAGCAACACAAGGCCCCUGCAACAUUCCCCGUCCAGGAUUCUGGGACCCCGUUGGCAAAGCCAAAUGGGAUGCGUGGAAUUCUCUUGGGGAAAUGCCUAAAGAGGAGGCGAUGGCGGCCUAUGUGGAAGAUUUGAAACUGAUCCUGGAAAGUAUGCCUGUGACAAAUGAGGUCGAGGAGCUUCUGCAGGUCAUUGGACCGUUCUAUGAGCUCGUCGAUGAAAAGAAGAUAACGCAAGUGUCAGAUUUGAGCACAGGCUUUGGGAGCAUGCUAACAUCACCACCCAAAAGUGUCACAAAAAGCAUCAUCAGGACGAUGGAGAUGAACGGCAGCCUGGACAGUUAUCCCAUCAAAACAGCAGAAACUCCAAAGAUUAAAUCAAUAGACAUAGAAGACGGAGAAGAUGAUAAUGAGGAAGAAGAGGAGGAGAAAGAUGAAGAAGAGGAGCUUAAAGAGGUGAAAAAAGCCUCACAACCGAAGAAAAGGGCUUCUGCGGGAAGACCUAAAGAACCGGUAUCUAACGGCAGUAUUGGCCAAAAUAAAGUCUACACUAAUGGAACGCACGGGUUUAAGUCUGAUCUGAACAGGCAGGAGUUGGAAGAAGACUCUGAAAGCAUUAACCACGACAGAGACGUCAUAGAGCUCAAUGGACACAUCAAAGAAGACAUGUCCAGUUCUCACCACGUAGCCAGUGAUUCGGACAGCGAGGUGUACUGUGACUCCGUCGACCAGUUUGGUGGAGAAGAGGGGUCUGAGCUACACGUCAGCCACUUACUGGAUGUGGCCGAGGAGAGCCACAGCACAUUAUCCUCCAUAGAAGAGGUCAGAUCACAAGAGGAACUGCUGGGACGGGAGGAAGGUGUACAGCACGGCGGAGAGGACGGACAGAGCAGCAGAGGAGUUUCUCAGAGGCGGGGACUUCCUGUGAAUAGAAGUGACAGUUCUGUGGUCAAGAGGGGAAGAGGGUCCAGGUCACCUGCCUUCGGCUCUGGGUCAGCGGGACCGCAGCAGGGCAGUGGGGGUGAUGGGGAACGUUGGGGGACGGAUGGAUCUUUAACACAGAAUCUGAAUGAACAGAUAAUCUGUGCUCUGGCCAGACUGCAGGACGACAUGCAGAGCGUGUUGGAGAGGCUACACACGCUGGAAGCUCUUACAGCCUCGCAGGCCCGAUCCUUGGCGCUGCCAUCAGACUACCUGUCACCACCUGCAAAUAAAACUAAGAAGAAGCCGUCCUGGUGGCCUUUUGAUGUGUCUCCUGGAACUGUGGCCUUUGCUGUCAUUUGGCCAUUUGUGGUGCAGUGGCUUAUCCGUCUGUAUGUGCAGCGCAGGAGAAGAUUUAUCAGCAUUUUAAUCCAGUAAACCAUGUAGAUGUCUUGAAAGCUAAGUUUCACUUAAAGUGGGAACUAAACGUCCAACUUGAAAACUAUAAACAGUCACAAAGAAUUGUUUAUUACACAGAAUCUGUAUCAUGUACCAUGAGCAUAACUUGGCCACUGAGUUUGGGUUCCUUCUUAAUGCAUCCUAUAAAUGUUGUCAUAUGUCUUUCAUUAGUAAAAUGCAGUAGGUGUUGAAUUUUAUCUUUAGCUUCUUGCAUUCUUUCUUAUCAUGUAACAGUUUAAGUAAAAAAUAUUAAUGUGCAAUAGUGCAUAAAUAUAGCAAAAUGCUCCUUUUUAUAAUUAUUUUUCUAGCUGACUGAUGAGUGUAUGGAAGCUAAAUGGUUAUUCUGAGAUAAAUGUAUUGUUACGUGGCAUUGUUUUCCACUGUUUGAAAUAGGGUUGCACUGAAAUGAAAAUUCUUGGCCGAAACCGAAAACCAAAAAAGAGGAAACCAAGGCCGAAAACCGAAACACCAAAAGAAAUUGUGCCAAUUAUUAGUACUAUUGCAUUUAUGGCUAUGAAUGUGUACUAACCUUACUAAAAUCAAGGCAUUGCAAUUGUAUAAAUUAAUAUUAAAGUUUCAAGGAAUAAAUCAAAUUAUGAAAAUAUUUAUUUAGCACAUUGCAACAAUGCACAGUAUAAAAUAAAAUAAAAUUCAAACUUCAAUGUUUAACUUAACCACACUCAUGUGUACAUUAAAUAAUAAUGUACAGGCCUUCUGGCCUGCUGAAAGGUUGUAAAAUUAAAUAUGUUCUGUCAUAAAAACAAAGUGCAUUUAAGUCAAGUGCAUUUUAAAUUUUCUCUGUAGGACUACUACAAAAAAGUGCAUUCAGAACAAGUGCAACUGCUUAUAGAUACAACAAUAUUUUCUCUGUAGGCCUACAACAUAAUAGUGUAUCAAAACAAAGACUGCCAUAGCCCAUAUAUAACUGUAGAACUUUAACAACAAAUAAUGCACCAAGAAUUGCAGAUGUGCAAAGUGGAUAAUAAAUAUUUAAACACUAGACAAGCCCAUUCUACUUCUUGAGGUAAAGUGGCAGGUUUUUCUUGAUAAAGAGUAGCUUCUCUGCUUUAUCACAGUGAAGUCUGUUCCUCUUCUCAUCGAGAACAUGAGCUGCUGCACUGGACAGUCUCUCACUGUCAGUGCUUGUGCACGGAGCAGACGUGUACUUGCAUGCCAUCUUUGCCAGGUCAGGAAAGCGGCCGUGAUUAUUUUUCCAGUACACAAGAAGGUUAUCACUUCUGGGGAUGGGGACUUCAGACAGAUAACCAUCUAGCUGUUGAGUGGUUGAGCUUGUCGUCUGCCUGACAUCUGAGAAAGAUUUGAGAGACUGUAUUUAAAUAGGGCCAGUGCAUAAAUUGCACAUCUAGCAGAAAUAUGGCUACAAUCUGAUAGUCACAUAUAUAGUAGCCUAAGUCAGAACAGAAUAGCCUACCUAUUAUUAUUUGAGCCACUUUCUUGCAGGAUUUCAGUGAACAUAUCAGAUACCGAGGGUGCAUGCCCCUCAUCUGGUGCAGAGAGACGAGUCUUUUUUUCUGCGAUCUGAUCUCCUUCUCCUGCACUGUGCGCUGCUCCCUCUCCGUCUCCCCGCGGGUUCUCCACAUCCAUCGCGGUCUGGAUCAUUUCUCAUGCGCGCUGCUUUAUUUCCGCAUCCAAGUAAUGAUCUUUAUAACGCGGAUCAAGUACAGUCGCGAUGAAGUGCAGAGGAUCCGAAUAGAUCUCAGUGAAACGUGUGCUGACAGACUCUAAGAAUGUACUUUUCAUUGUUUUCACUCUGUGGUCCGUCUCAACCUCACACCCCAGACUUCAGACGAGCACGUGCAGGCCACGGUUUCUGUUUGCGUCAUCACAACAUGCUGUUUCGGUGAUAAAAAUCUUUCACCGAAAAUAUUUGGUGGCUGAAUAUUCGGUGCAUCCCUAGUUUGAAACACUGAAUGAGUGAUUGCAUGAGACAUUUCAGUACAUUGUACUUCAGGCUCUCUUAUAAUAUAGCCAACUUUUUUGAUUUUAAAGGGGUCCUAUUAUGCUCUUUUACAAAGUCUUGAUUUUGUUUUGGAGGUGUACUAGAACAUGCUUUCAUGCUUGGUGGUUAAAAAAACACGUUAUUUUUAACAUAAUUUACAUUAUUAUAAUACAUUUCUCCCAGCCUGGCACAAAUGGCUCGAUUAGUUCCAGGUUUGGUGAAGGCCUGCCUUCCGAAAAAAACAAAAUGUGUUGUGAUUGGUUAGCUGUCCCACUGCGUUGCGAUUGGCGAACAGCUUGUUGACAGUGUUUCAGUAUUGCCACGCCCCUUGUCAAAGAAGCAAGUUCCGUGUACAACUGUUAGUGCAAGUGGUUCUUACGUUUUAAGAAUCCAUAGCCGUGUGAGGCACUCUUUAUUUAUGGAUGGAUGCACAUUAUUGGACUUGUUUUGGACUGAUGAAGAGAAGCACCCGUCUAUGCCAUUCUAAAGCUUGGGAGUGCCAGGAUAAAUUUUAAUAUAACACGAUUGCAUUCGAUUAUAAAUGAAAAUUGUUAACGAUGUUGCCAAAAUGCACACAGCUAACAGCUUUACCUGUUGUAGUUGGUUCAAGUUGUGCACGAAAUUGCUGCGUUUAGCAGUUUUAAAGUCUUUUUUCCACUAUAACUUUGAUGCGCAUCAUCUCAUUUUAGUAUGUGAACAUACCAAAAGAUGUGAUAACAAAUCAAUCAGGAAUAAGGCAUUACAUGCGUUUUUGUUUUUUUUUGUUUUUCUUUAACAUGUAAGUUUGUAUAGUCGCCAGUGGCAACCUCAGCAAAAACUUUACUUGCAAAUUAAUAUUUUUGUUUGCAAAUGCAACUAUUUUUGUUGCAGUCUGGAGCCCUGCUCAUACUUUGAAAAUUUCAUGUACAAAAUCGAAUACUUGGAUGACAUAAACUAAAGCAAUAGUUUACCCAAAAAUUAAUAUUGCUAAAAGUUUACUCACCCUCAGGCCAUCAAGAUGUAGAUGAGUUUGUUUCUUUGUCGGAACAGAUUUAGACUUGCUGACCAAGUGGGUCCUCUACAGCAGGGGUGCUCAACCCUGGUCCUGGAGAUCGACCUUCCUGCAGAGUUCAGCUCCAACCCUGACCAAACACACCUGAACCAGCUAAUUAGGAUCUGAAGGAGCACUUGAUAAUUACAGACAGGUGUGUUUGAUUAGUGUUGGAACUAAACUCUGCAGGAAGGUUGAUCUCCAGGAACAGGGUUGGGCACCCCUUAUCUACAGUGAAUAGGUGCUGUCAGAAUGAGAGUCCAAAAUAUACUUACCCUCAGGCCAUCCAGUAUCUAGACAAGGUUGUGGAUGAAAACUCAUCUAGAUUUUGGAUGGCCUGAGGGUAAGAAUAUUUAAUUCUUAAAGAAAAGAAAGUAAAUUUUCAUUUUUGGGUGAACUAUUUCUUUAAUGCUGUUUGAAAAAUUUGUUGUACACUGCUUACUGUUUCACAUACUACACUGCAUAGUUUGAACAUAGCUUAGGAAUGUACCAGAUUGCAACAGAUAUGAUCAGAUUUGGGGCUAAAAAUGUGGUAGCAGGUAUGUUAAAGAUUGAAUCAUCUUG